CAAUACAUGACGUCAUCGCUGCUGUUGAGGGGGACGGGGCCCGCCUUGGCGUUAAUCCGGAAGAUUAACAGAAAAAAAAACUGAUUUCUUCCAUGCGUAUCGAAACGGGGACGAUACAAACCAUGUCUACGGUCGACUAAGAGUUGGACUGAGCCUGUCUUCCCAUGGAAAGCUGAUUGGUACCAGGCGCGGAUCGAUGAGGAAACAGCGGAAGAAAUAAAGUCCCGGUUGGCAAGAGCAACGGCUCUUCAUUACCGUUUAGUACGAGGGAAGUUGAGUGAACAAUCACCUGCAGACUUGACAGCAGCGGUAGGACUGCCAGCCGGUGAAUCAUGAGAUUAACAGGGCCACUGCGAGUGGUGGCUGUGCUGCUGCUGGUGGGGCUCACCUGGGUGUUGGCAAACACCAUAUUCGGAGGGGACAGCGGUUCAUCUGUGCGACAGUUCUUCACUGGUGCAAGCGAAGAGCCAACACCUGAGCCCCGUCCUCGGAGAUAUAAAUGUGGCCUUUCAGCUCCCUGUCCGCAGAAACACCUGGCUUUCCGCUUGGUGUCUGGUGCUGCCAAUGUCAUCGGUCCCAAAAUCUGCCUGGAGGACAAGAUGUUGGUGAGCAGUGUGAAGAACAAUGUAGGCAGAGGAAUCAACAUCGCUUUGGUAAAUGGAGUGACCGGCGAGCUCUUGGACACUAAGUCCUUUGAUAUGUGGGCAGGAGAUGUUUCUGACUUGCUGAAGUUCCUCCGGCCGCUUCAUGAGGGAACACUCGUGUUUGUGGCUUCCUUUGAUGAUGCUGCCACAAAGUUGAACGAGGAGGCUCGGCGGCUAUUUGAAGAGCUUGGUAGCACGGCAGUGAAGGAGCUGGCCUUUAGAGACAGCUGGGUGUUUGUCGGGGCCAAGGGCAUCGAGAAUAAGAGCCCUUUUGAGCAGCGUAUGAAGAACAGCAAGAGCAGUAACAAGUAUGAAGGUUGGCCUGAAUCUCUGGAGAUGGAUGGCUGUAUUCCCCUGCGCGCACCCCUGGAGGGUUAGUCAAGUCUGGCACUUCUUUAUAAGCAAGCAGUACCUGGAGCUGAAGCAGUGGACCUGGAUGACUGUUAUAAAGCCAAGUAACUGUUGGAUGAUUGAAGCCAUCCUAGACCUCGGCCAGCGAUUUAGACUUUAUUUCUCCUUUCCUGGCUGCAUACAACAUCAUCUUGGGAUUUGAUAUAUUUAAAGAAUGCUGGAACUUGUAAUAAAGGAUUUGUACACAAAGCCUGUGGAACGGUCCUGAGCUGAAGCGAUGCUGGUGUGUAGUAACACGGACAAUUUGUGUGGGGGAUGGAAGGGAGACUUCAGUGGCCAAAUGUUUGAUGACCAAAAUGCAAUAGCGACUAGAGAAUGAAUAGAGCUGCAGUAGGUGUCCCAAAGUCAUUGUAGAAAAACAAAUGUUUUAACCUUCUGCAGGUCCGCUACUAGUGUUUCAGCUGCCCGUGCUCGAGCACAAGUGAUAUGAAACAUAAAGUGUUUCUAUGUUAUUUGGCAGACAAGAGAGGACUCACUGCUUUCUCGCCAAGGCUAUUGGAAACCUAUAUCAGAUCUGCAGAAAAAAAUAUAUUUGAGGUACUACAAUAAAAUAAAUGUCCUACUAAGCAAGUGCUCUAAUGAAGAUCUUGUCUAGUGUGGUGAUUUUAUAUUUAUAUGCAUUAAUAUAUUGUCAUUUUGGAUUAUAUACUUCAUUGAUAUUGUUAUACUUGGUGUUAGCUGCCAUUGUUUCCUUAGAACUUGAUGCAAAGCAGUCAUUGCUUGACCCAAUGUUUACAGAGUGACUCAUUACACAGUUGAAACAGGAUUGGCCUCGGACGUACUAAAUCAAUUAAGCUAUUUAUUUUGAUGCAUUCAGUGAAAGCACAACACUAGUGUCAGUGUGUGGGUUGUCUGUAACACCGCCCAUGCUUUUAAUGGUGUCUCAGGCCUAUAAUCAUUUUUCCAUUUAUUCACUGAUUGUUUUUUUUUUUUUUGUUUUUUUUAAGAUACAGCCCUCGUGUUUUUGAAUAUGUAAUAUUUCCACUUUUGAAUGUAUCCAUACGGCGUCUUGCAAGCCUAACUUGUAGGAAAUGUUUUGUCUAUUUUAGCUACCUUUGUUUUGGUUUGUCGAUAUGAUCAUGUUAUCUUAAACUUACAAGUUUCCUCAUUAAAAUACCACAUUUUUUUUAAUCGUGAUGAUAAAAAUGUUCAUCAAUAAAGAGUAAUAUCUUGA